CGCGAGAUGUGCUCUGUCCGGAACUUCCGGGUCUUGUCUGCCAUGGUGGACUGGCUGUAGUUAUGCGCUCCCCGUUCGUUUGGAAUGUUUUUCGGAGCUUUUGGGCCCGCCGGGAUAUUGUCCCGGCCCGCCGACACCUAAGCUGCAGUAACCUGCCCCUGGAGGAGCUGUUUGCACGCGGCGGACCUCUGCGGACCUUCCUCGAGCGCCAGGUGGGCUCUGAAGCCCAGUUACAGGUCAGGCGGCCUGAGCUGGUGGCGGCGGCCAAACUUCUGAGCGACAAGGAGCAGGAGCUGCAGGAGACCCAGCACCUGCUGCAUGAUGAAAAUCAGGACUUAAGGAAACUUGCCGAAAAUGAAAUAACUUCAUGUGAAAAAGAAAUAGCUCAAUUAAAGCAUCAGAUUAUCUUACUUUUGGUUCCCUCAGAAGAAACAGAUAAAAAUGAUUUGAUCCUGGAAGUAACUGCAGGAGUUGGGGGUCAGGAGGCAAUGUUGUUUACCUCAGAGAUAUUUGAUAUGUAUCAGCAGUAUGCUGCAUUUAAAAGAUGGCAUUUUGAAACCCUGGAAUAUUUUCCAAGUGAAAUAGGUGGCCUUAGACAUGCGUCCGCCAGCAUUGGGGGUUCAGAAGCCUAUAAGCACAUGAAGUUUGAAGGAGGUGUGCACAGAGUCCAGAGAGUGCCCAGGACAGAGAAGCAAGGCCGCAUCCACACCAGCACCAUGACUGUGGCCAUCUUACCCCAGCCCACCGAGAUUAACCUGGUGAUUAAUCCUAAGGAUUUGAGGAUUGAUACUAAGCGAGCCAGUGGAGCUGGGGGGCAGCAUGUGAACACCACGGACAGUGCUGUCCGGAUCGUUCAUCUCCCAACGGGUAUUGUUUCCGAAUGCCAACAAGAAAGAUCUCAACUGAAAAAUAAAGAGAUGGCUAUGAAAAAGUUACGUGCAAAACUGUACAGCCUGCAGCUAGAAGAAGAAACAAGUAAACGAUACAAUGCUAGGAAGAUUCAGAUUGGCACAAAAGGAAGGUCAGAGAAAAUAAGAACAUAUAAUUUUCCACAGAACCGGGUCACAGAUCACAGAAUAAACAAGUCACUUCAUGAUCUUGAAACUUUUAUGCAAGGAGAGUACCUACUGGAUGAACUUGUACAGUCAUUGAAGGACUAUGCUAAUUAUGAAUCUUUAGUAGAAAUUAUUUCCAAAAAAGUUUAAGUUGAUUUGUUACUAAAGAUUUGUAUAGCUUCUGAAAAUUGUUACAGCAAAUCAGGUUGUGUAUAUACAGUAUCCUUGAACCACAUGAGUUAACACAGUUGAGAGUAACAUUUUUAAUAAAUAGCUAAUUUAUAUAAGUCUCUGAAUGUAUUAAGUAAGAAAACAUACAAUAAAAUCAUGAGUCUGGCUGGA